UAUGUACUUUUUACACAGCUGUCAGAAACUGAAAGAAGUUACGUCAAAAUUAUAAACGUGGCGAAGUAUAAAAAUAAAAAAUGUGAAAAAUUUAUUGUUUAAACAUGCAAUGCGUGGCCUUGCUCGUCGUGAUCAGUGCGGCGUCGUGUUCCAGAGUUAACUACUGCGGCUCCAAAAUAUGUGGACACAUUAAUGCACAUACAUUCUGUCAGUACCCUGAAGGUCCCAGCCCCAACUGCAUGGGAUACAUAGAGGCUCCUAUCACAAAUGAUGAGAAGGUGCGCCUGAUAGCUCGGUUGAACAGGAGGCGCAGCGAGGCGGCGCGCGGGCGCCUGCGCAGGUUGCCACCAGCCGGCAAUAUGCUGAAGUUGCGCUGGGUGGAGGAACUAGCUCGCGAAGCACAACGUUGGGCUGACCAGUGCCGACCCGUGAGCACGCCUGAGGAACGGGACAUUUGUCGUGAUCUCUAUUCAGUAUCAGUAGGUCAGUGCGUGGCGUCGGUGGUGGGCGAGGCGCCCGGGCUCAGGGUCGAGUCUAUGAUAGAUCUGUGGCAUAUGCAGGCCAUGCUCUACAGAGGCAAUGUUACCUCGUAUAUACCGUAAGUAUUUUUUAUUUUGCGAUUAGCAAAACCUGAU